AUGGACAGCCGGCCGGUUGCAACGGCGCCUGGUCCGUACAUUGGACCCGGUUCCUACCCUCCACCACCGUCUGGAGCGCCGCCGGGGGUCUCAGUCGACCCGUACUCUCGGCCGCCUCAGUCUACCACACCCACGGCUCCAUACCCUGGGACAGUCUAUGGAGGACCGCCUCCUGGACCGACGAGUAUAGCUCCAGUUGAGCACAUGUCUGGCCCUGCAGCCUAUCCAAAUCCUUACCCUCAAAAGGCCAGCAUGGUGGAGGGUCCGCGCCCUUCAGCUGCCCUGAACCCUCUUACUACGACGACGCAGGACCUGAAAACGGUCAAGACCGGGACCCAAUUUGCUCUUCGGGAGUAUUUGUCUCUGCAAAGAAAGAGAGGCCGACUGGAUGGUGCCAUGUCGUUAGAGUUGGAGGAUCAAAUCAGGGCCCAAGGUCGUGUCCUGCUAGGUGAUCUUAAGGUCUUGCGGAAGGAGGUUGGAACCCUAAUCAAAGAUGGCGAAAAUCACCGCUGGAGAAACUGGCUCAUCGGUGGGGCUGUAGCAACCUUUAUCCCAGCCGUGAAGCGCAUCUUCCGCCGCCCUUCUGAUAAGACGGAAACCGACGUCCAAGCGUCUAACAGCACCGAGUACGCAUUCUGGCGCAGCAAAGCACUGGUAGCCCGCAUCAAGGAUAGUCUCCUGGGCCGCAACAGCUUCGCCAGCAUCGCCUUCUUUGUCUUUGCUGUACUCUACGUCUUCACCAAUGAGGUUUCUUUGCAGGUGGCCAAGACCGUAUCCAAGCGAUUGAAGCGACUAAGUGCCAAGAUCGAGAGAGGCGAUGUUGAGGUUUUAGACCAGGACAUGAAGCUGCUCGAAGGCUGGCGGUGGAGAGUUCUCAUGUGGGGUCAGUGA